CUAGAAGCCAAGAUGUAUGUUAAAUCAUCUAUGUUCGAGCUCAUAGAUUCAUCUGUUCUUUCUGAAUAGAAAUGUGUCAUAAAUCUUCUGUAUCGAAUGAUUAUUUGGUUAUAUUUUUUUGAUCUAGUUCAGUAACAACUAAUACAUAAGAUUGUCUGCCAUACUGCCUAGAACCAGUAUCGUUUGUUACGGUUAGAUUAGAUUGCAACUGCAAAUGCCCCAGAAGUCUUCUGGCUGCUGAUAUCACUUACAUUACCCUGAAAUAAAAUGGAACCUUGUAGACUCUCUGUUGCACUUUCAGUUUCCCUCCUUAUGUUCCUCUUCCUUGUUGAAGUUGGAUCUGCAGAGAUAGAAUCUGCUUAUCAUGCACUGGAUGUUGCAUCUCAGCUGAGGGAAGUGGGUUCUCCUGUGCAGCUAUAUACCACCAGUGGAAAAGAGGAGAAGAUGGUUUCUCCGUGGAACCUGCAAAUUUUCCACAGAGAUGGUCUGCUUAUGGGAAAUGUGAGCUACGAGCAGAGGCUCAAAGAAAGAUUGCAAAGGGAUUCGCAGAGGGUGAAGGCUCUGAACAGACGAAUUGAGAGGACAUUGAAUGGGAACGUGGAGAAAAAAAUAGAGCGCAAGGCUAAGACUGGUGAUUUUGGAGGCGAGGUGAUAUCUGGGCUGCCAGAAGGUAUUGGGGAGUACCUCAUCCGUAUAGGUGUGGGAACGCCAGCCAGAAUGGAGUACCUUUUGUUGGACACUGGCAGUGACGUGACUUGGGUGCAGUGCAAGCCAUGCUCAAAAUGCUACAAUCAGGUGGACCCUGUGUUUGAUCCAUCGUUAUCCACUUCAUUCACCAUAAUUCCUUGCGAUUCCCAGCUUUGCACUGAGCUGGAUGCAUCAGCCUGUGACAAGAAGGGGUGUUUAUAUAGGGUCUCUUAUGGAGACGGCUCUUUUACUGUGGGGCACUUUGCUAAGGAAACACUGACGUUUGGUACAACACCAGUAAAGAGCAUGCCCAUCGGGUGUGGACAGGACAACGAAGGGUUGUUCCAGGGAGCAGGAGGCUUGCUUGGUCUUGGAGCGGGUCCCUUAUCAUUCCCCACCCAACUCGGGUCAUCUGGCAAAACAUUUUCUUACUGUCUUGUAGACCGAGAUUCUGACGACAAGGGCACUCUGCGUUUCGGCCCUGGAGCUGUCUCCCAUGCCGGGACCGUCUUCACCCCACUUCUCAUAAACCCACGAGAAAGCACUUUUUACUAUGUUUCCUUGAAGAGUAUUACCGUAGGCAGAUUGACGGUGCCUCUCCCGAAGGAUGUAUCUCAAUUCAACGCAGCAGGGAAGGGCGGGAUAAUAGUGGACUCGGGCACGACUAUCACGCGGCUACAGGCGGAAGCUUACAAAGGCUUGCGAGACGCCUUCUUGGCGGGUACCACAGAUCUUCCUCGGGCGGACAAGAAGUCCAUAUUCGACACUUGCUACGAUCUGUCAGGGCGUCAAACGGUGAAUGUUCCUCUUAUUGGAUUUCAGUUUUCCAAUGGGGCUACUUUAACUCUCCCGGCAAAGAAUUAUAUGGUUCUUAUGGAUUCCGAGGGGACGUUUUGCUUUGCUUUUGCACCCACUUCGGGUGAUCUGUCAAUUAUUGGGAAUUUUCAGCAGCAGGGAAUUCGAGUCUCUUUUGACUCUGCUAACUCUCUCGUUGGCUUUGCCACCAAACAGUGUUGAUUCACUGCCCAAAAUGAGACGAUGAAAUCUGCUAGUAUAUGACUCUAAUUUUCUACUGGGUUUGGCUAUAGAUAAAAAUCUAUAAGUACGAGCUAUACUAAUGAAUAUAUAUAUAUAUAUAUAUGUACUAGUAUAAGUAAAAGGAGUGCAAUAAACUGAA